UGAGUGAGUGGGUGGAUGGAGGGAGGCAGGUGUGCCGGGAACGGUCUGACGCAGUCUGGCUGAAGCGAGUGGAUGGGGUGGUGCUAUAUUUAGCAACCGAUGUGACAGGUUCUGGCUGCUUUUCUCUGCCUGUCUACGUCACUGAUUCUACGCUGGCCCUCUGGGUGCUACCCAUGUGACAGGUGAUGCUGUUCUUUAUCAAUGAUGAGACUGGACCAGAAUACUAAGCAGAGGAGAAGAGACCAAAUGCUUUGGACAGUACAGGAUAAAAUAACUUAGAAUACAAAUGUUAAUAUACUGUUGAAUGAAAUUGAAAAAACAAUUAUAGAAUAUUGUGGAGUUGCUAAUUAUUAAAUUCCAGAUCUGUAAAAUGUUUGGACUUUUGUGCAUGAAUGGUAGGCUUUUAUAGUCAUCAUGUUGAUAGCACAAUGCAACGCAUAAACAUAAGUGUGUGAGGAAAUCUCCUACAUAUCACACACAUAGCACUCUAACAUGAGCCCAUUCUUCUCAAAUGAAAUCCAUUCUUCUUUUUCAAUAUAAAUGAUAGUUUGUAUUUGUCAAGCAUAAAAAGCAGGCGACAUUCUUCCUUUCCUGAUUACAUCACCAUCUUUAUGAAUGGUAUGGUGCUUGGAGGUACAAGAACAGGGAUGGAUCAUGUCCACAAGUGGGAAGUAAGUAUAUAGAGCUGGCAAGACCGUGCUGCCCAACACUAGGCUCUCGGGUCAUAUUGAUUGGCUAGUAUGAACAGUAGGAGGAUUUAACAGUAAUCAAAUACAGAUGCUUCUACCUACAGUUCAGUGGAUGUGCGGGUUUGAGUCUGAGGAAGACAGGACAGCCAUGAUAUGGUGGUCUAUUGUGGUUAUCUAUCUUCAGUUAGAAGCUUCGAAAAAAACGUAUUGAUGUACUUGGCUCCAUUAACAAACAAAGACAAAGAAGAUAGAAAAUCGAACUAUUUUAUAUUUCGGCAGAAGUGUAUUGGAGUUGUGUGGGUCAGUUCCAAAGAGUCUACAUUUUGACAAGAGGACACUAGCUACUCUCUCUCAUACGACCCAAAUAAAGGGCUAGAAUCAUUCCCAAGCAUUCCAUUACCGUCCGACCUCCAGAACGUAGCCCAGCGAAUGGACGAUCAUCAACCCGGCACACAGAGCUUCAUUCCCCGUGAGGCUCCAGUCUGCGCGUCGGUACCUACUAAACCGCCCAUGCGCUUGUCCAUAAGCUCGACCACCGGCAGCCGCUUCGAGCUCUCUGCCCAUCCGGGAGAGACGGUGGAGGUGGUGAGAAGACGACUUUCGCAAAAGCUCAGAGGGUCGAAGGAAAGAUUCGUCUUGCUGCAUAAGGAAGCGUGCUUGAGUAUAGGGAAACUCCAGGACCUGGGUAUAGUUGAUGGGAGUAAACUGAUGCUGGUCCCAACUAUUGAAGCAGGCUUAUUGACCCAACCAUCCGGAACAGAGCAGACCAUAAUGCAAGCUUUGGAGAGUUUAACUGAAACUCAGGUCAGUGAUUUCCUGUCUGGCCGUUCACCCCUGACCCUUGCCCUCGGGGUCGGUGAUCACGUGAUGUUUGUCCAUUUACAACUGGCCCCCCAGAAUGUUGCUGGGCAGCAGCAGAGACACCUCAUUGCCCGGAGCGCGGGCAUGGCUGUGGUUGAACAGGGUGACUGCAGUGUGGCUGGUACUCCCACCUCUAAGAAACCAGCUGCCGGGGAACCAGGUGCUGUCAUAGAGAGCUUUGUGAGCCAUGCCCCAGGAGUCUUCUCAGGAACCUUCUCAGGCACUCUACACCCAGCCGGUCAGGACAGAACCACAUCAUCCAGGCAAGGCAUCAACACCAUCCUCCAGAUCCUCAAUGACCUGCUUAGUGCUACUCGCCACCACCAGGGGGCUCCACUGUCCCUCUCCCAGCUCCGCUGCCCUCCUCCCAGCACUCCAACCAGCAGCACCCAGAGUACCCCCACCUCGCCCUCCCCACCGCCCUCACCUCUCACCCCGGAUCCCGUCACCACUGCUACCUCAGGACCACUUAUGGACCACGUCAGCCAGGGACAGAGCCGCUCAUAUAAACCUACUGCAGACCAGUGUUUCAGUCAGUCCAAGGAGAACCAGGCAUUGCGCUGUAAACUGCAGCGUCUUCAGAUAUUGAUGCACCAGAGACGCCUGCAUAGGUGGGCACGCAGGGACACACGCACCUCACGCCCCUACUCUCCUCACCACCAUCAGCCCUGGUCGUCUGGACGACGCAAAGCCAACACCAGGCGCCAUAGCAACAGCAACAUGUCCAGCAGGAUAGCUCUUCCCUGGAGUUGCCAUGGAAACCCGAGCUGCCCUCCGACCUUGUGAUGACAUAGGAAAGAGAAAAAGAGUGAGAGGGAGAAAGUCCCAGUUGGUAUUAGAUAGAACCUUGCGGCCCCGCGCUCCUGUGGGGAAAACAAUCUGUGAAUACCUAGGUUACCCCAUUGGCUCACAGUGAAAACUAGACUUUUUUCAAACGCAAUUUUUUGUUUUAGUCAAUUGUAAAACAUUUUCAACAUUGCCAGCUCCAGUACAUAGCCUACUUGGACACCGGGUCGCCACAUUUCCCACUCUCCCAUGCCGAAUAGACUGAAGCCACAGGGCUCUUCUCGCAGGCUCUAUUUCCCUAUGUGGGAUCAUUGCGAACCGUAAAUCGGGAUUUUUGACCUGGUUACCUGUACAUUGAACAACACAUCAGCUCUUCUGGAUUUUUUGCUAUUUCUGUAUAACUAAAAAUCGACGACGAAGUUGGCUGUUUUACAAUGGGAAUAUGAAAUAAUAUUUGUGGGCGUGGCCAAGGCGAAUUCCUUCUUAUUACGUGAAUAACGACUCGGAGUAUGGAGUGGUUUUUGAGAGAGAGGGAGAAGAGCCGGACUGAAAAUGUAUGAUAGAUAGAGAAAAAUAAAGGGCUCCCAUUUGUACGUCAUUGUCUGUCCUUCUGAAUGGCUGAAUAGGAGAAAUAAGCUGUCCAUUUUGCCAUUGAUGGCUGGGACUCACUUGAUCUGACUGCACAAGGAUUCUUCAAAAAGACAACUGUGCCCUCCCAACUGUGCCCUCCUAAAAUAGUCAAAAAGGUUUAUUCACGGGAACGUUCUAAAGUCAAGAAUACAAAACAAUUCAUUUUAUACUGACUUCUCACGCCCACACAUUCACACAACCAUACGCACACACAUACACACACACAACCUUACGCACACACAUACAACACACAGAUGCACACAAUGUCCUGCUACGCACAAUGUCCUGUCUCACUACCCAGCCGACAGAGAUUAGUGACCUUGUCCUUGGAAAAGAUUACCAACUUGAUCCUCUCUGUGUAAAAAUGAAAAACUGCUAUUGGGUAAACUAUAUCAACUUAAAUAUAAAGUUGAAUCCCCCCUUUCAUAAAAAGAGCGUAGUAAGACACCAAUUUUUUUUUGUUCACGUUAUUGUUCAUAAUUGUCGGUUACACUGUAAUACAAUAAUUGUCAGCCCUUGAUAGUUGAGAAUUAUCUGUUAAUUGAAUGAUUAGAAUAUUCCGCCCUGAAACAUAUAAUUGUAUGGAAUUGAUUAGAAUGUAUUAAAUCAUAAUCAAUAAAUGUGUAGUCCUAGUCAGAAUUAGGGUAAAGACCAUACGUCUUUAUGGUAUUUUAAACAGAGACUGUCUGAGCUUGGUGCCGACCUGACUAGAGAUUUGGGAGAGAACGGGGAGUAUUUUCCAAGGACAAGGUCACUAAUCUCUGUCGGCUGGGUAGUGAGACAGUGUGUGCGUAGCAGGACAUUGUGUGCAUCUGUUUGUGUGUAUGUGUGUGCGUAUGGUUGUGUGUAUGAGAGGAUCAAGUUGGUAAUCUUUUCCGGGCAGAACGGCAUGGUGGGAGGAGAAGCAUAAUUUCCAGGCAUUCAAAACCAUUUGUUUUUGAGACAGGGGUGUCACCACAGCUGUGUUGUAUUCAUUAGGUAUGUCGUAGGUCAUUUUCAAAGAUGAAUUAUGAUGCUUUACAAGCUAAUACAUUUUUUACAAACAUGACAAUUAUGACAAUAACUGUGGCCAUUUGCAUGGCAAUUAAUUGUUACCCAAAAUUCCAUAAUCGUCACAGCCGUAUUUCUAUGUCUUUUCUUGACAGCUUUGUUUUGCAACGUUUUGUGGUCACUCGAAUGAGAUCGGAAUCAUAUUUAUGUCUUUGUGUAAGUAUGUUUUGAAAUAAUAUAUGUUUUGUUUGUUUAAUUGUCUUGAACUUUGUAGAUAUGUAGAAUAUGUUUCAAAUUGUUUUUCUAAAGCAAUACUUUUCAGUUUGUCUGUCAAUGCAGUGGAAUGUUUUAACUCUAUAUUUUUCUAGGAAAUACAUUAUAAAGAGAUUAUUCUGAAAACA